ACAUCGCCCGGCUUCGGUAUCUCCAAGAUGGUAACAGGGCGGCUUGUGCUUCGUUAAAGGAAAAUAUUGAAGGAGGCAAAGGGUUUGGGGGUUGAAGAAGCCCACAGGGUGGGAGCGGAUUUGUACCAAGCUGGCGCUUAGAGUGCAGAAGUUUGCGAAGAUGUCCAAUGCUGCUGAUAUCUGUCCUCAUCUGGAUUCAAUAGGCGAGAUCACUAAAGAGGAGUUGUUACAGAAAUCAAAGGGAACAUGCCAAUCCUGUGGUGUUGGUGGACCAAAUCUAUGGGCUUGCCUUCAGAGUGGCUGCUCCUACGUAGGAUGUGGGGAAUCGUAUGUCGACCACAGCACAUUACAUUCACAGGCUAAGAAGCAUAACCUGACAGUGAACCUGACUACAUUCCGUGUGUGGUGUUACGCCUGUGAGAAAGAAGUUUUCCUGGAACAGCGACCCGUUGCACCGAGCCCAGCACUAUCCAGCAGAUCAACAGAGCAGGGCUCUGGCUUAACACUUGGCAACCAUCCAUUCAAAACUGUUCCCAUUGCUGUUGCAGAUGAAGGAGAAUCAGAGUCUGAGGAUGAUGAGCUAAAACCAAGAGGGCUCACAGGGAUGAAGAACAUUGGAAACUCUUGCUACAUGAAUGCUGCACUACAGGCUUUGUCCAACUGCCCACCACUCACCCAGUUCUUUUUGGAGUGUGUAGGUUUGGUUCGUACAGACAAAAAGCCAGCUCUUUGCAAAAGCUACCAGAAACUUAUCUCUGAGCUUUGGCACAAAAAACGUCCUAGCUAUGUUGUUCCUACGAGCCUUGCCCAUGGUAUUAAGUUGAUUAAUCCUAUGUUUCGAGGUUACGCACAGCAGGACACGCAGGAAUUUCUCCGCUGUUUGAUGGAUCAGCUCCACGAAGAACUUAAGGAGCCCUUGUCAGAACGAGACUCUGACUCCUCGAGUGACACAGAUGAAAAGCGAGAUGGUGACAGGAGUCCUUCUGAGGAUGAGUUUCUCUCCUGUGACUCUGGCGCGAGCAGUGACAAAGGGGAAGGGGAGAAUAGGAGCAGGUGUGCUGCUGAGAAGCAGAUUGAGACCGAGCUGCUGAUCCAGGAUGAAUGCGGAAAAGGAAUUUCAGAAAAGGAGAGGCAGAAGGACAGAAAAUUUUCAUGUGGGCACCACAAGCUAGGGUCGGUGGAUCCAAUUGAUGAAGAUGCAGAUGUGGACACAUCUUUGAGUUCUGGAGAUGCUGGAGGCUCUGGAGAUGCUAGAGCUCUUGUGGCUUCCAACAGUGCUUGUAGGACACCAGAACCUGACAAUGAUGUAAACAUGCGCUGCACAUCUCGGUCCUGCAGCCCCAUCCACCAGGAGCUUCAUUCCAAUUUGUCCAGCAGCCCACCUCGAGCAAGUCCAAUGCGGGCAGUGUCGUUGUUUUCCCUCAAAAAAGCCCAGCUUCUGUUAUCUGCCAAAAAGAGAAAGCAGGCCAAGUAUCGCAGUGUAAUCUCUGAUAUCUUUGAUGGGUCGAUAUUGAGCUUAGUCCAGUGUCUCACCUGUGACAGAAUUUCUUCCACAGUGGAAACAUUUCAGGAUUUGUCACUGCCAAUUCCUGGGAAGGAAGACCUGGCAAAGCUGCACGCGUCCAUCCACCAAAACAUACCAGUGAAAACUGGCACCUGUAGUGAUGCCUACACUACACAGGGAUGGGUAGCAUUCAUUAUGGAUUAUAUUAGAAGGUUUGUCGUGUCCUGCAUCCCGAGCUGGUUCUGGGGUCCUGUAGUGACUUUAGAAGAUUGUUUAGCUGCCUUUUUUGCUGCUGAUGAGCUGAAAGGUGACAAUAUGUACAGUUGUGAGCGAUGUAAGAAGUUGAGAAAUGGAGUCAAGUACUGUAAAGUCCUUAAACUUCCAGAGAUUCUUUGUAUUCAUUUGAAACGCUUUCGACAUGAAGUGAUGUACUCCUUUAAAGUAAAUAGCCAUGUGUCUUUCCCACUGGAAGGUCUUGACCUUCGACCCUUUCUUUCCAAGGAGAGCGCAUCUCAAAUCACAACCUACGAUCUUUUGUCUGUUAUCUGUCAUCAUGGAACUGCAGGCAGUGGCCACUACAUAGCUUAUUGCCAGAAUGUAAUUAAUGGCCAGUGGUACGAGUUCGAUGAUCAGUAUGUCACAGAGGUGCAUGAGACGGUUGUACAGAAUGCUGAGGCUUAUGUACUUUUUUACAGGAAGAGCAGUGAAGACGCAGUCCGUGAGAGACAAAAAGUUGUAGCUUUGGCCAAUGCAAAGGAACCUAGCCUCCUCCAGUUCUACGUCUCCAGAGAAUGGCUAAACAAGUUCAACACCUUCACAGAGCCAGGGCCAAUCACCAACCACACCUUCCUUUGUGUACAUGGAGGCAUUCCACCAAAUAAGUACCAUUACAUUGAUGACCUGGUAGUGAUUCUGCCCCAAAAUGUAUGGGAAUAUCUGUACAACAGGUUUGGAGGUGGCCCUGCUGUGAACCACUUAUACAUCUGUUCCAUUUGCCAAGUAGAAAUUGAGGCAAUUGCUAAAAGGAGGAAAAUGGAAGUUGACACUUUUAUAAAGCUAAACAAAGCAUUCCAGGCUGAGGAGUCUCCCAGUGUUAUUUAUUGCAUAAGCAUGCAAUGGUUCCGAGAGUGGGAAGGUUUCGUUAAAGGCAAGGAUAAUGAACCUCCCGGCCCAAUAGACAACAGCAAAAUUGCAGUCGUUAAAAGUGGUCAUGUCCAACUUAAACAAGGUGCAGAUUAUGGCCAGAUAUCUGAGGAGACAUGGAACUAUCUGUUUGCUAUCUAUGGUGGGGGACCAGAAAUAGCUAUGCGGCAGAAUGUUGUUCAAGCUGAAUUGGACAGUCCACAGGGAGAGCGGAAAAUAGAAGCGGAAACCCGAGCCGUUUGACCACAGACCUGCCAAAAAUGAAUUGGUUGAAAGGCUAUGAUCCUGAGGUCAAGGAUGUGAACACUAUUGUUUGCACCCGUGAUGAAUCUACGUGAGCACUUUGUAAUUUAUCUGUAGAAAUUCUUUUUUUUUUAAACUAUUUUAUUUCUUCCUGUUUAAAAUAUACAGCUAGACAAAAGUGCGUUGCAUAAUAGAUUGCAUAGUAGAAUGCUAUGGAAACACUAAUGCUGUACUUGCAUAAGUCUGAUUGUAUUUCUUUUAAGUAGACUCUACACCUUUUUUGUCUUUCCAUUGUGUAUCUAUAAAACACACAUUCUACCAA